UUGACCACUUGCUUGGUCAGAUUUCUCUGAAGCAGCAGAGACUCUUCAUGAAUCUAUACACCAUAUCCAUCCGUUUUCCCUCUCAGACUGAUUUCUUGAACAUUCUAUUUAUAACUGUGCCACUAAUACAACUGUGUUAUCCUGCUCUUAUUAAAGUUCUUUUUCUUUAUCUUGUUACUAACAUAGUGUUGUUAGGUGUGCUCUUCAUGAUGUCGUUUACCGACCUGCAGUACCUUAAAGGUUUUGGCAAUGAAUUUCAAACGGAGGAUCAUCGAUGCCCAAAUGCUUUGCCUGAAGGCCAGAACAACCCACAAAAAUGUGCUUAUGGUCUCUAUGCAGAACAGCUCUCAGGAACUGCUUUUACAGCCCCAAGACAUGAAAAUAAACGAUCAUGGCUGUACAGAAUCAGACCAUCUGUAAUCCAUAAGCCGUUCAAACCUGUACCAAAUAAUUUUUUAAUCAAUAAUUGGCAUGACUGUCUCCCAAAUCCAAAUCAAAUGCGCUGGAAACCUUUUAAAUUACCAGACGCACAAAAACGAGUAGAUUUUGUAGAAGGUUUACACACAAUCUGCGGUGCUGGUGAUCCAAAAUCGCGUUCUGGUCUUGCCAUCCACAUUUAUCUAUGCAAUAUUUCCAUGGAAAAAAAAGCAUUCUACAAUUCAGAUGGUGAUUUUCUCAUUGUGCCGCAGCAGGGAGCCUUAAAUAUCAAGACCGAAUUUGGGAAGAUAAGAGUAGAACCUAAUGAAAUUUGUGUGAUUCAGCAAGGAAUAAAAUUCUCUGUGGACAUUGAGGAAGCAUCUCGCGGAUAUAUUUUGGAGGUGUUUGAUAAUCAUUUUAAACUCCCGAAUCUCGGCCCGAUUGGUGCAAAUGGACUAGCGAAUCCAAGAGACUUUUUGACCCCAGUUGCGUGGUACGAAGAAUUUGAUGAGCCACAUGUAAUUAUUUCAAAAUUUCAAGGCCACUUAUUUGAAACUGUGCAACCACAUAGCCCAUUUGAUGUUGUUGCGUGGCAUGGAAACUAUGCCCCCUACAAAUACAACCUAAAAAAUUUCAUGGUCAUCAACGCUGUGGAGUUCGAUCAUGCUGACCCAUCAAUAUUUACAGUGUUGACCUGUCCUUCAAAUAAAGAGGGAACAGCAAUCGCCGAUUUUGUGAUAUUUCCUCCAAGAUGGGCAGUUCAAGAGCACACUUUCAGACCGCCUUACUACCAUCGUAACUGCAUGAGCGAGUUUAUGGGCCUGAUCUUUGGAAAUUAUGAGGCUAAAGAAGAAGGAUUUUUGCCGGGUGGUGCUUCCUUACAUUCUAUGAUGACACCUCACGGUCCAGAUAAACAAUGUUUUGAGGGCGCUUCAAAUGCAGAUCUCAAACCUGUGAGAGUGGCAGAUGGCACAAUGGCAUUUAUGUUUGAGAGCUCUCUGAGUCUGGCGGUAUCAAAAUGGGGAGAAGAGAUAUGUCAAACACUGGAUGCUGAGUACUACAAAUGCUGGGAAUCUUUGAAAAAAUAUUUCAAUCCAAAUGAAGCAUGAAUCAAGUUUAUCAGUCAAAUCAAGGAGACUUUCAAAAUAUCUGAUCAGCUUUGAAUUUCAGUAAUUCUGUAUUAUCUCUUUAUAGCUUUUUAGCAACAGGAUGUCUCAAUAAAAUAUCUAUUGAUUUUAUAAAGCUUUCAUGAUUAAGAUAUCAUACAGCAAACAUCAAGUUGAAGCAGUCUAUUGGUUACUUCUGGGACAGUGGGACAUCACCUGUCCCAAAUGUAGACAUUUUAAAGCGCUGGAGAUAUGAUUCCUGUCUAAUUUUAAAUGUUAGCUCUAGACUGAAACCAAUAUCAACACAUUUUGUCAAAAAUUAAUUAGUUUUUACAAUUUCACUGAAGAGUGUAUUCCUGCUGCCGACAAGUUUUUGAAAGAGCAUUUUAAUUCUCAUAGGUAUCAAAUUCAUAAGUUUCCUUGCACUUCUAAUACCUAUUUUUAUUAAUUGAAGAUCCGUUUGUAAUUCAAA